CUUUUCUUCCGUCUUUGAUAUUUUUGUUCUUGCAUAAAGUCCAUAAGGACAAGAAUCCACUUUAAAAUGUCUUUUUUAAUUAAAAUUAACAAAAAUCUAAUAAAUAAUCUACCAAAAACUAUAAACAGAGUGUAUCUGAAUAAUUCUCGACUACUUUGUACACAAAUCAAUGAAGAGAAUGCCCAGAAAAAAGGUGGUUUUGCGAGUGCCUUCGAAAGGCACACAACACCAGUUGUCGAAGAGAAACCAGUGGAUAAUCAAACAUUUGCCUCCUUGUUACGAAACUCAAAAUUAAUCGAUUUAGGAAAUCCCGAAGGAAAAGUUGUUACCGGAAAAAUCUUCCAUGUGGUCGAAGAUGAUUUGUACAUAGAUUUUGGGUGGAAGUUCCAUUGUGUUUGCCAGAGGCCACAAAGGAAUGGAAGCGACUAUGUCAAGGGAUCUAGAGUACGAUUGAGGGUUAAAGACUUGGAAUUAUCAACAAAGUUUUUGGGUUCAUCUAAGGAUUUGACAAUUUUGGAAGCCGAUUGUCAACUUAUUGGAUUAAUAUCAUCACCUGCAAGAUCGGGAGCAAUGAAAUCAGUUCCAGAAUAAAAAUUUAUUGUUAUUUUGUUUUCUAUUUUAAAAUUAAUAAAAAUAAGCGGAUCAAAAA